GUCGUGGCUCGGGAGGAGCGCCGCCCAGCCGUGGAGAGCACGCCGUUCGUCAAGGCCAUCUUUUUCGCCCUGUGCUGGACCUUGGACCGGCUGUACGAGGGCCGCCCGAUCCCCAAGUUCUGGGUCCUCGAGGUGGUAGCCAGGAUGCCUUAUUUCUCCUAUGUCAGCGUGCUGCACCUGUACGAAUCCCUCGGCUGGUGGCGGACCCCCCAGCUCCGGGAGCUGCACAACGCCGAGGAAGACAACGAGCUGCACCACAUGCUGAUCAUGGAGUCCCUGGGUGGCAACAGCGCGUGGGUGGACCGCUUCAUGGCCCACCACGCCGCCAUCCUCUACUACUGGAUCGUGGCGGCGUUGUUCGCCGUCGACCCAGUGCAGGCCUACAACUUCAUGAUCCUCGUGGAG